UUUUGUAGGUGAGAGAACUUAGGCACAGAGCAGUUAAGUGACGGUUGCACCAUCUUAUUAGCACUAGUAAGUGUCCAAGGCAGAAUUCAAACUCGGCUCAUCCCUGAUGUGCAAUUCGGCAUUCUAGUCACACUAGGACAUAACCAAGCAGGUAAGUUUCAUUCACAUCAACUAGUUUUCAGGCAGGGGUCCUUCACACCAGCUUAAGCUGGAUUGUUCAAUUCAUUUCAGAAUAUUUUUUAUAAGGGAUGCUGCUUCUUGCAAAUACGAGUAAAUCCAAUAUCUUUUGGGUGGCUCUACAAAACCUGAGUUGGGAACAAGAGGAAGUAGGCAACUUUCUACUCAUUCUUGACUUAGUUCUCCAGAGCCCCAGUUUGUGUUUUGGUUUUGUGUUUUCUUUUUUGAAAUCAGCUAGCUUUUUGAAUUUGGUUACAUGAAUGUCAUACGUCCAUAUGGAAACAAAAGGAGAAAUUGAAAAACCUAAGUCAGUGCGAAAUAACGAAGUUGCGAUUCUUUAGCGGUCAUUGUCUAUGGCCAGCACAGAUAUAUCGGAUUCAUAUUUACACCUUCCAAGAGUCCAAACUUUACCCCAGUCAUCUAAUUGCAGGAUCGGUCACCUAUUUUUUCCUCCCUUUUUCAUUUUUGUUGGUGAGAAGCGGGCAGUGCUGCCACCUUGUUGCCAAAAGUUUGCCUGAUUUGAAUGUGUUUAGAAAUCAAGUGAAUGCCUGUUGUGCGGAGGAGCCUGCUCUUUCUCUUUGUCAGUACUUGCAAAAACAACUUAAAAGACAAAGUUAGAGCUGCUGGCUGGGAUUCUGUAAUUAGCAUAAUCAUGAUGCUGUGCAUUGUUCGGCAGUGCACGCCCCUCCGCCAAAUUUCCCAUUAAGAGGACACCGAUGUUGUCCUAGUGAAUAAAUCCCUGCACACAUGAUGCAAAUCAGCGUGUUCCUGCCUGCUGUCCGGGACUGCAGUUAAUUUUAGCCGGGGUUUGUUCUACAAGUUGUAAAACUGUUUACCCAAGUAGAAGCUCCAAGACUGAAAUGUGAGUGCUCUGCCUAAUGUCAUAGGAGCUCUAUUUUAGACUUCAGAUUGUAUUUAUGACCCGCAGAGCAGCAUUCUGAAGAAUUGUUGUGGCUCAGGUUUCUAUUGAAACGACUUGUCAUGGCAUCUCCAGGCUCUGGGAGACUUGCCUAUGAUGGUUAAAAAGAUAUAAAGUUUUUACCUGAAGAGGAAUGAUUCAAGAGUGAUUCCCUGCACCAAAAGAAGAUCUUAAUUAAGCAGGUCCAAAAUUUGGAUUUUUUACAGACUCUAAAGACAGACACUUUUACAAGAGGGGAUAUCACAGCGUUUCCAGUCUCAGAGAAAAAUAUGGAAUGUGUUUUACUGCUGACUGAACACAACCAAACAAACUGUACAGACAAUAGUUUGAGAACCAGCAGUUAGCAGUUUGCUCAGGCUCGAACACUACCCAGCACUUUCCAGAGAAAAAUCUCUGUUUACAAGAACUCUACCUUACAGGGUUUUUACAAAACCUCAAGCUUGGCUUAUUUAAAUAUUUCUACAAAGGAAAAAUUCCUGCAGUCUACUUGCAAAAAUGGCUAUGGAUGAUUACUUGUGGAUGGUCAUUUUGGGCUUUAUCAUAGCCUUUAUCUUGGCAUUUUCUGUUGGUGCAAAUGAUGUGGCCAAUUCCUUUGGUACAGCGGUGGGCUCUGGUGUGGUGAGCUUGAAGCAGGCUUGCAUUUUGGCAUCAAUAUUUGAAACGACAGGCUCGGUAUUGUUAGGAGCAAAAGUAGGAGAGACUAUUCGAAAAGGUAUCAUUGAUGUGAACCUGUACAAUGAUACAGUGGAGACACUGAUGGCUGGGGAAGUUAGCGCCAUGGUUGGUUCUGCUGUUUGGCAGCUGAUAGCAUCAUUUUUGAGACUUCCAAUCUCAGGAACCCAUUGUAUUGUGGGUUCUACCAUAGGAUUCUCACUUGUUGCAAUUGGUACAACAGGUGUACAGUGGAUGGAGCUUGUCAAGAUUGUUGCUUCUUGGUUUAUAUCUCCACUGUUGUCUGGUUUCAUGUCUGGCAUGCUGUUUGUGCUGAUCAGAAUUUUCAUCUUAAAAAAGGAGGACCCAGUCCCCAAUGGUCUCCGUGCACUUCCACUAUUCUAUGCUGCUACCAUAGCAAUUAAUGUAUUUUCCAUCAUGUACACAGGGGCACCAGUAUUAGGUUUGAUUCUUCCAUUAUGGGCAAUAGCUCUCAUUUCAUUUGGUGUGGCUAUUGUAUUUGCUAUUUUUGUGUGGUUGGUCGUUUGUCCAUGGAUGAAGAGGAAGAUCGCAGGCAAAUUAAAAAAAGAAGGUACCUUGUCAAGAAUAUCUAACGAAAGUCUCCAUAAAAUCCAAGAAACAGAGUCCCCUGUAUUUAAGGAGCUCCCUGGCGCCAAGGCAAAUGAUGACAGCACAGUUCCCCUCACUGCCUCAGCGCCUGAAGCCCCCGGCGUGUCAGAGAGCGCCGUAAAUGGAAGCCACUCCCGAGUGCCAUACGGAAGGGCGCUUUCCAUGACCCACGGUUCUGUGAAGUCCCCCGUGUCCAACGGCACUUUUGGUUUCGACAGUCAGAUGAGGAGCGACGGGCACGUCUAUCACACGGUCCACAAGGACUCGGGGCUCUAUAAAGACUUGCUGCACAAAAUCCAUCUUGACAGGGGGCCCGACGAGAAGCCCUUGCAAGAAAGCAAUUACAAGUUGCUUCGCCGCAACAACAGCUACACGUGCUACACUGCGGCCAUCUGCGGGAUGCCCGUGCACUCGGCCUUCAAGGCUGCCGACUCGUCCUCCGCGCCCGAAGACAGCGAGAAGCUCGUGAGUGACGCCGUGUCCUACUCCAAGAAGCGGCUGCGCUACGACAGCUACUCCAGCUACUGCAACGCGGUGGCCGAGGCCGAGAUUGAGGCCGAGGAGGGGGGCGUGGAGAUGAGGCUGGCCUCAGAGCUGGCCGAGCCCGGCCCGCCCCUGGAGGACCCCGGCGAGGAGGAGAAGGAGGAGAAGGACACGGCCGAGGUGCACCUUCUCUUCCAUUUCCUGCAGGUCCUCACGGCCUGUUUCGGCUCCUUCGCUCACGGCGGCAACGACGUCAGUAAUGCAAUUGGCCCCCUCGUAGCUCUCUGGCUUAUUUACCAACAAGGUGAAGUGCUACAAGAAGCGGUGACUCCAGUCUGGCUGCUGUUUUAUGGAGGAGUUGGAAUUUGUGCAGGUCUCUGGGUUUGGGGGAGAAGAGUGAUCCAGACAAUGGGCAAAGACCUCACCCCAAUCACCCCAUCCAGUGGAUUCACUAUUGAAUUGGCUUCGGCGUUCACAGUUGUGAUAGCUUCCAAUGUUGGACUUCCUGUCAGUACUACACACUGCAAGGUCGGCUCCGUGGUGGCCGUGGGCUGGAUCCGGUCGCGGAAGGCCGUCGACUGGCAUCUCUUCCGGAACAUCUUCGUGGCCUGGUUCGUGACCGUGCCGGUGGCCGGCCUGUUCAGCGCCGCGGUGAUGGCCAUCCUGAUGUACGGCAUCCUGCCGUACGUGUGAAGAGGCCCCGGGCUCAGGCGCAUGCGUUGUGAAGGGACGGCCCGGGGGGCGGCGGGGUCCCAGCUCCGUCUCACAUGCUCACUCUUCGCCACCAGCUUCAGCGGAUCCCGGAGUACCGACGGUGACCCCCUCACUACGCCACCCCCCGAGCGGCGGAGCUCCCGCUUUCAUCCUUAACCCGACUACUGUCCAUAACCACACGUGCUCCAUUGGUGACGUAACAUGUGCCGCCCUUCAUUAUCUAUUAAACAUAUGCUGUAUACAUAGAGUAGGAAGCACUACUGCGGAUAUAGUCAAAGUGGGGGGGGAGAGAAUUGCUAGAAUCAUCCAAUAAAUCUGUAUAUAAUUAUUUCAGUGGCGGUUUUUAAAGCCUUUUUAAAGGCAGGUGUAGAUUGGGAAAUGCUUUUCCCCUGUGUGUAAGAUAAAUGAGGUACAGGCUGUAUAACAAAUCUGAAAACACUGUAUGUAGGUCUGUGAUGGUCUCUGUGCUAUGGAAAUAAUACUGGAACAAAAGUUCACAAGUGCUUUCAUGAAAUAAUUUGUCCAUAUACUGUAUUGAUUAUUGUGUAAUAUAUUGUAAUUGCUUUUGUAAAUACUUAAAACUGUAACUUUUUAAUGGUGCAUUUCCCUUUUACAUUUUGGAUCAGAAAGUUUUAGAAAGUACCAAAGAAGCAGGGGAGUAUUUUGCCAGUAUUACAUUUUCACACUAUAUUUAUCUCCUUCUUCCUUGUUUCCACUAUUAAACCGGGAUUAUGGCAAGACCAAUCAUGUUUGAACCUGCCCCAGAGUAGUUGAUUAUGACAGUUAGACCCAGCAUUCCCCCAUGGCAUCAGUGAUCUCCCUUCCCUUCCUUCCCUGCCCAAGUACCACAGAUCAGGAAGCUCUUGUGAGAGAACAGACAUAUCUAAGGAAAAAUGAUAAAUAAUAAUAGUGAUAAAAUGGUACAGUAUCAGCUGCACUUCAAAUCCUCUCCCCAACCCACUCCC